UUCUCCCUUUUUUCAGAAGAAAAAAACUUUGUUUGAAGCUCCCUCAAUCAACUAUUGAGCAAACCAUGGGAAACUGUUUCUCUUUCUCAAUCUCGGUAGAUCAGCCUGUUAGUCGAUCAUGGGACUGUGUUGCUGGACAAGCACGAUACAUUUGUAAGCUUGAACAAAAUCUUCAAGCUUUGAAGGCUGAGGCAAAAAGAUUGACAGAGCAAAGAGAUGAUGUGAAUAGGAGGGUUCUUCUUGCAAAGGAGCAGCUCAUGGAGCCCCUUAAAAAGAUAGAAGGAUGGCUUGAAAGAGUGGAGAAAGACAUAAAAGAAGCUGAGCAGAUAAUAGAGGAUGCUCCUGCACAAAUUAAUAAUUUGUGCCUUGGAGGUUAUUUUUCCAAGAGCUGCUGUUCAAGCUACAAGUUUGGAAAAAAAAGUAGUACAAAAGACUACAAGAAAAUCCACAUUUAAUGACUAAAUUAUUGAUCAUUAAAUCUUUAUUUUUUGU